CUUGGUUUAAGACCUUGGGAUAUACUUGUGACUUAAAAUGACUGAUCCCCAAGAAAUAAUAUUUUCCGGGAACGAUGAGGAAAAUAUAAGAGAAAUAUCUUCAUUUCAUGUAAAUGUAUAUCCUAGCGCCAAAAGCGCUCUGGAUUAUAAAGAUGUUUCAGCCAGCUGCAAGAUUAGCAUUCAACCAGCUGUUAAAUACUUUUGGGAAUAUCAGUACUAUGUAACACGUCUUAUUUCACGUCAUCACGCAAGUUCGCUGAUUGCCUAUGCAAUUAAACAUAUAAAGAAAACAGACUCUGAAGAAGACAUACAGUUAGGGAUGGUGCGAUUGCUGAAUACGGAGACUGGAAAAAAGUUACUUUUGCGUUCUUUCACGGAUCGCAUCACAUGCAUUGACUUCGCCCUCCGAAGUGACGCACUUUUAGGCGUUCUUGACCACUCUGGAGCAGUUAACGUCUUUAAGAUUAGUCAAGGAUUCGGUUCUGAAGACCCAAUGACAUCGUCGUUGUUCUUCUCAUUAAGGCCACCAGAAAAUUUUGUCGCUUUGGACAUUUCUUCACUUGUUUGGUGUCCAUGGGUACAUGGAUCUAAAACUGCACUUCCACUUGCAAACAAAAUGCUUGAUCGUGACUUUGUUUCACCGCGCGACCCAAGCCUUUUGCUAGCAUAUUCUGCUCAUCACAAGGUAAAAGUUAUAAAUAUAGGAUUAGUUGUUGAGCUUCUUCAAAAUCACUUCUCACAAAAUGCUCAGUUAGAAGUAUCAACAUCUUUGAGUGAAAAACAACUUAUUGACGCAAUAGAAGAAUGUACAACAGAGUCAUUAUAUUAUGCUGACUUAUCUGAUCAUUCUGAUGCAAUUACAGCUUUGGCGUUAAGUCGUGAUGCUACUUGUUUGGCUUCUGCUAGUCUAGACGGUGAAGUUUGUAUAUAUUCAUUAGUUAAUCGAAUGCCUGAUAAUGUGAAGUUUAAGUUAAGGCCAAUUCAUAUAUUCUCGCCUCAUAAUGGACUACCAUUGUAUGCUUUAAUCUUUUUGGACAAUGUGUUACACAAUGAUGAAAGUGUAACAUGGAGUUAUCUUUUAACCGGUGCACAAUCUAAUCGUGAAAUACGCCUUUGGUCAUGUUCCGAUUGGUCUUGUCUACAAGUUAUACAAUUUUGUUCUACACCAUGUAGUACAGAUUUAUUAAAAUCUAUAAAUAUUUCAUUGUCGAAAUCGAGCAUCAUAUUAGCUGUUGAUCAUUCCUCCUCUUUUCUCAUUGCUACUGAUGUAACACGAAGAGUAUUGUAUACUCUUGAAUUGGCUAUUGUAAAGAAUGAUGUUAUUUUAAAUGAGCUUGAACAGUUAUCAUCCUCGUCAUCGUUAUCAGUACCAAAGAAAAUGUGCUGUUUUGUUUCUAUUGGCGAAUUCCUGUUAACUACACCAUGUCUACUGUUUGCUUUAGGUUCUUCUUUAAGAAAAGCCAUAAUUGAUUUGGGUCAGAUUGAUCAGAAAAAAGUUUUAAUCGAUCAAAUUUGUCUGGAUAUUCACAUUAUUCACAGUCGGAAUCUGUUAAACGGUACGAUUCGAUUUGAUCUGCCUCAUCGAUCUGAUUCCGAGAAGGUUGAAUUAAUUACAAAUAUAUUGAGACAAUCGUCAACUGAACCAGCAAUUCAUCAUCAUCAUGAACGAACUGAUCCUAUUCCCCCGACAACUAUUGAUAUUUCUGGUAAUAACGAUCUGUCGAAAUCGAUUCCUUCUUCUUCGUCAUCUUGUUCAUUACUUCACAUGAAUGAUGCUGAUCAAGAGCAUGUUGAAUCGGGUGAAGUUCCUCCUAAUGAACAAAAUCCUUUUGAAACACUUACUAGGAAAGAUUUAGACCAUCAUUCUUUGAUGCCUGAUAAUUUGGAAAUUCAAUCGUUUAUGGAGAAGAGUUUAGCAAAUGUAAAUAAUUUGACUGAAACUCAAAUCGAUAAUCAUUCUAAUUCCAAUAUGGAGACAAUUUCACCCAGUCAAUAUGAACCACCAGAAGCGGAUAAACUUUCAGAUGUUCUAACUGUUACAUUGUUAAAGAAUCAGUCACCUGAGGAAUACCUUGAUGAAUCGAUUUUGAAGAAUAUGGAUAAAACUACAAUUGCUGACUUUUCUUCAUCUAAAAAUUGUUUGCAAACAUUAUGCAAUACAGAUGAUUGUUAUACACCUCAGAGUGAAAUUACCACAACAACCCAUCAUCAUCAACAGCAUCAUCAUCAUCAAACUGUGAUUCUCAAUGAUCAUAAAGAUAAUAAUGAUAAUGAGGAAAUAAUUAAUUCUGACGAUGAACUACCUGAUUCUGUAGACAAUCUUCUAUCAGUCACUGCAACGGAUCAAAUCCUAUUAAAUUUCAAUAGUCCAACUCAUGAUAAUCAUAAUCAUAAUAAUAAUAGUUUAAAUAAUCAAACAUAUACUACUAAUAAUGACAAUGACAUUAUGAUUUUGUCCACAGCAACAACGUUAACAACGACACCAUCAACUACAUUAUCUCCGUCAUUGGUACUAGUUCCUCCGCCUUUUUCAUUCAGAACAUCGCUGUCUAAUGACAAUGCAUUAGAGUUGAAUGCUACUACUAUAACUACUACUACUGCUACUACCAUUAACACAAUAAAAGAAACCAAUUUACAAAAUACAACACCAUCAACUAUUACUACUCAUCAUCUCAUGAUGAACAUUGAUGUCGGCGAUGAUGAUGAUCAUGAUAAUGAUCAUGAUGAUGGUGGUGGUGGUGUAGGUGGAGGUGUUGAAGCCGGCGACGGUGCCGCUGUUGUUGAUCAUAUCGUUCAAGAAGUCGGUAAUGAUGAUUGUUCGCAUUAUCAAUCAUUUGAAGAUUUAAAGGUAAUUUUAAAAGAGGAAAAUAUUUUCAACACAACAAUCAAUGAUAUCGACAAAGAAGUUAGACAAAACACUAACUAUGAUCACAAUGAUGAUAAUAAUAAUAAUAAUGAUAAUCACAUUGUCAGCGACAAUGACAACAACAACCACAACAACGGAAGAAGUAAUAAUAAUCAUGAAAUGAAUCAAAUUUUAAAUCAUUUGGAAAUGUUAUCAAUUACUUCACAAAAACAAAAUAAACAAUUUGAAUAUAUUUUAGAUCAAUUAAAUGAGACAAAAUUGAAACUUGAACGACUUGAACAAACCCAGUACGAUAUUAUUGAACAAAUAACAAACAAUGUUACUUAUCAAACAUCAUUACUUCCCCCACCACCACCACCAACGACGACGGCGACGACAACGUCUAAACAUACUACAACCAUGAAAGAAUCCAAUAUGAGCGUGGAACAUGAUGAACUUAAAUCUAUUGAAUUAUCUAACCAAAUAAUUUUACAAUUACGAACAAUUCAAGGUGAUUUUUCACGUCGUUAUACAAAAAUUUCAGAAAAUAUGAAUAAAAUUUUAUCGAAUUUACAAGAAUCCAAUCAUUCAAUGAAAAUAAAUAAUACAAUGCAUAAUAUAGAAUCACGUGUUAAUGCAUUGCCAACUAUUACAUCGGAUUGUAUUAGACAUGUCAUACAUGAAGAAUUAUUAAAAGCAUUUUCAAAUAAUUCAUUACGAUUUAUUGAACCUGUAAAACAAUCUUUAUGUAGUUUACUCAAAGAUUAUUUAUCCACCUUAUCUGCAUUAUUAACUGAUAAUGUUCAACAUACUUUACGUGAAAAAAAUUUCACUACACAAAUUGUACGAUCUGCAUCUAAUCAAUUAUCCACUGAAUUAUCCGGUGUUUAUCGUGAUUCAUUGAAUAAAAUUUUUAUUCCAGCUUUAGAAAAAUCAAUUAAAAAGUUAUUCACUGAUUUGAAUAUUCUCUUUCAAACUGGUACACAUCAAUAUUUAAGUCAAAUUUCAUCUCGUAUUCAAAGUUCAUUUUUCGAUAGUGCAAAUUUAACAUCUUUAAUGAAUCAAAUAUCACCUGUGAUAAAAUCAACUAUUAUUGAAACAUUGAAAGAAUUAGAAAAUGAACGUGUUAAAAUCAAUCCGUCAUCAUCAUUGGAUGUAUAUAGUACUACUCAUACUCAUCAUCAUGAUCGUAAUGAUAAUUUCUCUGAAGCAGUAUUAUCUGAUAAUGCAAAAUAUCAUAAAAUGCCGAAUUUAAACAGCUCCACACCAUUAGAUAAAACAGCUAUGAAUAAAAGAUCACAUAAUCGACAUUUAAAUAAAUCAGGUGGUGGUGGUGGCGGGGGUGGUGGGGGUGGAGGUGGGACUACUCCAAUUGUGAAUAGCAGUAGCAGUAGUAGCAAUAAUCAUAAAAACAUUAAUAAUAGUAGUUCCAAUGUAAAGCAUAAAAUACACACUACUACUACUACCACUACUACUGCUACGACUAAUAAGACUCCGUAUACAUCGAAUCUAAUAUCACAACCACCAUCAACGACAGUAGGAACAACAACAACAACAACAUCGUCGUCAACAUCAUCAACAAAACAAGAUGAAUUGACUCGUUUGUUUGGACAAGCUCAAGCGUUAAUUCGUUCUGAUCGUUUAGUUGAUGCUUUGGAAUUGGCUUUAGUUUCUACUAAUCAACUACUUCUUUUAGAUGUCUGUAAUGAUAUUGAUAUGAAUCAAUUGUUUAGUUCCGGUGAUUAUAUAAUUGGUCAAAAUAUUCUAUUAUCUUUAAUUCAUCAAUUAAGUUGUGGUGAUUUAAGCAUUCAAUUAGAUUUAAAAAUUAAAUAUCUUCAAGAAGCUAUUCUAUGUCUUGAAUUCGACGAUCCUACUACAUCAGUUCAUGGGCCAGCAAUAUUACACUUACUUAGUGUACGUCUUGAUACUUUAUUAAAUAACACAACCACAAAUAAUAAUUCAAUAAAUAAGAACAGUAAUAAAAUUACUAAUUCAUUGCGUAAUCGUGUGAUUAAAUUGAAUCGUUCCGUUAAAAAUUUAUAUAAACAAACCACAUUGUCUAGUGAUCCAUAAUAAACAAGCUGACAACAACAACAACAAGAACAGUGAAAAAAAUCAGUACGCCAUCAUUAUGUAAUAGCAAAUUAAACAUUGUGUCUUUCUCUCUUGUUUUGUUUCUCUUUUCUCUAGUUGUUGUUGUCAAUCGCUUGGUUUGUUGUUGUUGUUGUUUAGAUUUUUUUCUAUUUAUUCCCGAUUACAGCCACACACACACACACAAAAAAAAAACCCAGAACUUUGACGUAUUUGUGUAUAUGGCAUUUUAACCAAUCAGAAUUUAAGGAACUUUUUAAACAUUUUACAAUAUUUGUUAAAUUUUUCAUAUUAUUCAUGAUAGUGACGCUCAUACUAUUUGUAUACGUUGUUGUUUCGUUUUUUUUUCCUCAAAUAUAAUUGAUCAUGAUUAUCAUUAUGUUACGUAUAUGUUAGGAUACAUUCAUCGAAUAAUAUAAGAGAAUUAUUUUUGUAGAUCUAAUUCUAUUGGUGGAUUCUUAAUGGUCAAUAUUAUGGUCGUCCUAGCUAUCAGUGUCACAGAAUUUAAUGUUGUUUCCUAUUCGACCUAACUGUAUAAAUACGCAUAAUCUGUAACGUUUCUAUGACGCGGGUCCCUAAUCCGGGAUCCUGAUUCUCUUCUGGACUCGGACCUCGUAUUUUCUGGAUGAUUGUAGAAUACAGGUUCUACUUCAUAUCAA